AGAACCAAAGAAUAUGCUGCUAUUAAUCCAUACGAAAGAAGAAUAGCAUUGGCCAAAUAUCCCAAUUGUGGCAGGGAUUUCAGAGGAUCGCACCGCUGAGAUACGAAUGGACGCUUUGUUUAAUGACGCGGCUUUAAUGGCACCAUCUGAGUGACAUUUGUGAAAGAGCAAAACUUACAAAAAGCAAUUCUUACGUGGCUUUAACGAAAUACCCAAAGAAUAUGAAUUCCAUACAAAGAACAGCACCAAUUAUGUUACACAUUUUAUAUGUCUAAGAUGUAUAAUGACCGCUAUUAGGACCAAUAAAUGAUUAGGAUAAAUAUUUCUCUCAUAUAUUUAUUUUUAUGUUUUAGCUUUUUAUUCGACUUAAAAAAAUUGAAACCCAUACAUUGUUGAUUGAGUGCAGUGCAAAUGAUAAAUGUUGGGCCAAGCCACUAAUUAUUCCUGGCCACUCUUACUCAAAGAGAACACAGAUAAGGCGAAACAUAAAGCUAACUGAAGACGUUCAAACAAAGUGUACCAUAACCACAAUCCGCGGUUAUUAUGCACUUAACAAAAUAAAGAACAAUAAUAAUCAGAAAAGGGAACCCUAAGAAUCUCGACGUGCCCCCCCCCCCCGCACAGCGCCCAAAGUAGUCCGGGGCCCUUUAAAAGCUCCGCCGGUCGCGCUCACCAAUCGGAGCGCGCCUUGUUGAGGCGCACGGCGCAGCUCGUCCAAUCAAUGCUCGGCUUGCUAGGGCUAGCGGGGGGUUCAACGGCAGGGAAGCGUCCAUGCCCACACCUCGCUGGCGGGCGGAAUGGCGUGUCCCCUCGUAGCGGAUCCACGCGGGGACUUCCCCACGUGGCUCGCCACCCAGGGCAUGAAGCUCAAGUUCGCCGAGGCCAUGGAGCGCGAGCUGGGCAUCAGCGACUACGAGGAGCUGCUGGCGUGCGCCGAGGACACGCAGGUGAUGGCCGAGCUGUUUGGCGCCGCGCGCGAGAAGCUGCCCUUCGCCUUCUACGCCGUGCUGCGCCGCAUCCUCAAGGCCGUGUCGUCGGGCAAGCGGGGCAAGGCCAGGCUGGCGCAGUCGGUGAUGGAGGUGGCCGUGCACCCGUUCAUGAACUCGCUGCUCGAGGCCAUCGUGGGCACGCUCAACAGCCUGAGUCACGAGCUGCUGCAGUCGGCCGACCGCUUCAGCUGCCUGGAGCCGACGAUGUACACGGGCGAGCAGGCGGAGGCGGAUGAAGCCCUGCGCUCCACCAACAACUCCUCCUGCGUGGUGGAGGAAGCCCCCGUGGAGGACUCGGCAUUCCUGGCGGAGGAGGAUCCAGCCGAGACGUGGGAGCAGGGCGUGGAGCACGCGUGGGUGGAGCGUCACUCGCCAGCCUCGGCCGGGCCGUGGUCGGAGCCCGUGGAGUCUCAGCUGGAUGUGCCUCCGGAUUUCCACGAGGCGGAGAAAGAACAGCGAUCACACGGGUCAUGGGGGCGGCUCCAGGUCAAGACGGAGAUCAUUCCCGAAGACUUUGUGAACGCGACGCGGGGAGGGGCCGGUGAGCCCCCGCCGGCCCCGCCGUCGCCCGGCGCCGGCGCCCGGGACGCGGUGGAUGCGGACGAACUGGAUACGGUGCUUGGGGAUGUCAAGAACGAGAUGUACCGAGGUCUGCCUAAGGCUCGCGUCGGGAGCGAUCACAGCGCGGGGCUGGAGGCGGAGGUGGCGGCGGAGGAGGAGGAGGAGGAGGUGGUGCCGGUGAGCAGGGCCUGGAAGGCGUUUGCCCCGCCCGACACGCCCAGCGAGCGCUAUUAUGCAGUGGUACACAACGCUAGCAGGGCUCCCUGUCAGUCGUUCGAAGGAGCUUUGAUCGCGGACGCUUCUAAUGGAGGCCUUAGCAGCCGCUCGCGCCACUAUUUCCCGCACCGCCUAAUCCCGCACGAAGACCAACAUCAUCAGCAGCAACAACAUCAUCAUCAGCAGCAGCAACAUCAGCAACAACAACAGCAUCAUCAGCAACAACAACAUAAUCAACAGCAGCAACAGCAGCAGCAGCAGCAACCACAACGGCGGCGGCGGCAACAGCACAACCAGCAACAGCAAGCGGACGCCAGAAGCCCGGCUUUGCUGAAGAGUUUUGACUCGGCCACUGGCACUUACCGGCUGAGCUACGACGCGGCGGGGGCAGCAAUGGACGCGGCCUGCGGUGGACAGAUGCAGAGGGCGGCGGCGGUUGUAGACGGGGGGAUCGGCGGGACGACGGCUUGCCGGGACGCGGCCGGCUCGGGCGUCGCCGGGGAGCCGAGCCUGGUGUGUACGCUGUGCGGCAAGGGCUUCGGGCGCGCGCGCAACCUGCGGCUGCACAUGCGCACGCACACGGGCGAGCGGCCGUACCGCUGCGAGUUCUGCGGGCGCUCGUUCGCGCACCCCUUCGCCUACUCGCAGCACAAGCGUAUCCACACGGGCGAGAAGCCCUACUCGUGCGACGUGUGCGGCAAGGCAUUCGCGCGCCGCUUCACGCUCUCGUGCCACCGCAACACCCACGGGGAGCGGCACCGGUUGCCACCGCAGCAGCCUCCGCCUCCGACGCACCAGUGAAGCGAGCGGCCGCGCACACGGCACUGCCGCCUCCGGGCCAGAGGGCUCGAUGUGGACACGCGGCGGUGACUGAGGUGGCGGUGCGGGGACCGUGGUGGCGGUGCGGUAAGGCGGCGGAGGCUGCGUCUGUCACAGUCGGCCGAUUUGGUUUGAAGGAACCUGUUCGUUAAAGUAGGACCGUGGAAGCGUUUUUUUUCUAACGGUGGGACGAAUGGGACUUUUAAGAUACCUCCGGUUUGGUGACGCAUUAACGCACUCGGCUAAUUCGCCCCUAUAUUUUUACACGUUCGGGCGUUCGCGACCGAUAUGAUUCCUAAUUGAUUUUUGGGUCGGAUCGCACGAGUUAAAUGUGUAUCAUACACCCUCCUACGCCCAACGCAACCAACAAACGUGCCAAAUUAUUACUGCUUCGGCAGCACCACCGGUAAUGUUGGAGAUCAAUCCACACACGGUUAACGAUUGGGUACGACGUUUCGCAUCAUCAGGCAGUUGCCAGAGUUGUGAACUGUGUUUGGCAUUGCCUUUGCUGACAAAAGUUUCCUCCCCGUAAAUUUCACACGUAAGCCCCGAUCACAGCAAGAGUCCGUCCCAUUGUGAUAUUGAUAACACUUUUGACCUGGGGUGAGGAAGCCAAUGCCUUUGACUUUGCUUUAUAUGUCCUGUGGCCAAAUGAGAGCUACUCCUUAAAAUUAGCCCACAAACAAUUUUCUGAACUAAACUUUUUGUAUUUUACCAGAUGUCGCCCACUGAGCUACGUGGCUCUUUUUCAGAAGCGACUUGGCCACAAAUGAUAGCUCAACAAAGUGGCUUAUCACGUGGAAAUUUAUUGUGGCCAAAAACUUUUAAAUGCAUAUUGCUAAGUUUGGAGGGAAACACCAGAGGACCCGGAGAAAAAUCUAUGCGACUACGGAGAGAUCAUGAAAACUCCAAAUAUACAGGCAUAAGGUUCGGGAUCGAACCCAUAACCUCCUGUAUACCAGGCAAGACAGUUAACAUUUCGCCUCCGCAGCACCCACAUUAAUAUUUCCACUGCCAGCAUCUUGUCCACACUAAUCAGUUUCCAGAGGGUGAUUAUCUUGACCGUGGUGAUAUUGUGUUCAUCAUGUUCGUGCACUCGGUCACUUCCGUCACCACGAGGGCCCCUUGCAGCGACAGAUGGUUACUGAGGUAUGUGUGUGUGUGCGUUAACACGUAUCUUGCCAAAGGUAUUUCAAAGUCCCCAUUUGGCCCUCAUUCAGGAAAAGGUGGGGAGCGGUGGUGCAGCGGUCAGCGUGCUGGGCUAUGAACCCAGUGACCGCAGUUCAAUUCCUGCUCACGGCCAACACCAGGGAAGAUUAUCUGAACCAGUCCCAGGCCUUCCCCAGAUUAACUCAGGCUCAAAUGAGUAUCUGAUGCAGUGUCUAAACAUCACCACUGGGGAAACAAAGGCGGUCGGGCGUGGUGGUGGCCACCCACCCCCUGGUGUACCUGUCAGGCUUCAUAGGUGAUCCCUAACAGCACUUGUUCCAAAAAUCUGUUGAGGCUAUACGGGAGAUCUUUGCCAAGGUUUUAAAAGUCUCUGUCUAGCCCUGAAGGAAAAGGUUCCUUACCGCUGCUUGGAAGCUCCGUUGUUGAAAUGAGUGACGAGCACGUUUAAUAAGUGGAGUCGCAAGGUUGAAAGUUCACCGCCAGCUCAGACUCGCAAUGCCAUCGGAGAGAGAAUCUCCUAAGGCACAGGUGUAGGUUCGCCACCUGGCCGCAUCAGACAACGCUCAUUUCACUGUACGAUGAGUACUCAUGAGUGCCUACGCACUCUCGCUUCAUACUACCACAGUUCCAGCUGCCUGGCAGUCCCGUCCAAGGAUGUAAAAGUUAUUUCUAUCGCCAAUACAAGGCUGUGUCCCAAUAUGCCAAGGGUUGGCAACCUGCAGCUCCGGCGCCACAUGCGUCUCUUUAGGGACCGCUGCUUUGUGACAUUUAUUGACUACCGUUUCGUCUUCACCACGUGCAUUGCGGCUCUUUAAAUAUUGUUACCGAAUUCGAAAAAAAUGGCUCUCAUGAUUUUGACGGCGAUCAUCAUUCUUGGUGAUCCGUAAGCCAGCGGUGGAAAUUCCUCCAUUCCUAUGUAAGGGACCGGUUUUUAAACCAACAAAUCACGCCUGACUUCCAACAACGUCUUCCUACUCCGGCGAACGCGAGGGCGGCGCUCGCCUUCGUUGCCAGUGGUGGACAUUCCUCAUUCCCAUAGCGGGGGGUGGGUUACACUAUAGCAACAACCACUGCUGGACAGAAUGUGGGCGAAGUCAUGAACUUUUGAUCUCUACGUCGGGUGUCUUGGCGCAGUGCCGCAGUGGGCGAUGUACAGAAGAUAACGUUGCAUGCAGGAAUGAGCGCGGUUUGAAAUUGCUACAGAUCAUACGUUGCGGUGCUUAAACAAAGCCAUGCAGCCGUAGCAGAGAGCGGCUGGCAUGCAGCGCUACGCACGUGGUGAUCCGAAUUCAACUCCUGGCCAUGGCCAACAUCAGUGGCGAGUGAUUUAUUUUAUUUUAAAUGUUUUUUUAUUAUUAUUAAAAAAGAGCCCAAUACAGAACACGCACGACGGUGGAGAGAGAACUCGAUGAUGCCCUCGGAAUAGUGACCGGCAAGAGGUGACUGGGCUCACUACUCUUAUUCUCAUGGGGCAACGAUCAGGAACAUAAUGUUUAAGGGAGGUGGCGGGGGUUGUAGAGAGAAUGGCGAGCGAUAUCUUGACCGGUCCUGCGCACUUCCCCCACGCGUGCCGCCCCCAACUGUUCACCAACCCGUACGGACCCGCGUGGUGAAGUAUGAUCUGACAAAUCCUAUCGUCUGAUACGGCGUGGGGUGGAGGUGGGGCAGGGGGCUUCAUCCACAAGUGGAUUGACAAAUGGCUGCAAAGUACAAGCCAGUAUAUAGUCAGACUAAAUUAUUGAGAAUGAAUUGAUGUUUUUUUGAGUUGUGCCUUUCUUUUAGAUAAUGCUCCCCAACGUGGUGCUGUACUGUGUGCGUGUGUGAUUUUGGAAAUUAAAAUAUUGGCUGGGAAUGAACCACAAAUUCAAGAACUGUUAACACUGGCGGCUUGUUUGGCACCUAGGUUUUGGCAAUAAUGAUUAGGCCUCCAAAGAGGCUGUUAAAUAGAAUUAUAAUAACAAUUUCAAUCGUUUGACUGGUUUUGUUUGGUUUAAAUUGCACAGGUUGGAAGAUUGCAGAGUAAUCAUAAAUACUUAUCUUUUUGGAGUGUUUUUACAAUUUGCAGUAGUUGUGCUUUGCAUAGCAAUGGAAUGUCCAUUUUGUAAACUCUAGCACUGAAGUUCAGUGUUUGAUCACUUAAGGUAUAUCCUACAAUGCAUUCUUAAACCUGAUAUAUCGCGUUUACCCGAUCGCAUAAAAGUACCGUACAUUUUAACACUUCACAACAAACCCGUUGCAUUUUUUGCUCUGUGUUUUUUGCCUUUUGAACUUAAAAUACUGCCAGAUCGGGGCAUUCAGUGGUUGUGUUUCAUUGUGGUCUCGUGCCCUACACUGACCGGAGGCAUUGCAACGCCUCGAGUGACUACAUCCCCAAAACGUUGGAGCAGCUUUAAAUGAAAAUCAAGUGGAGAAAGUCCCCACUAAAAGGAAGUAGAGACUAAAACUGCAAAUUGUCACGAUUUUUAUUUGUGAGUGACGGCCGUCUCUCCGCAGAUGAGGGACAAGGAGGGCAGCCUCUGGCGCUGCUGUCCCCAGAGAUUGUUUUUGAUUUAUCCAAUCAUAGAGAAGAUUUUUGUCCAAUCGCAGACCUCUGAUUAGCACUUUCCAGUUUGUGGCCUUUUCAAAUUCCGGUUUCUUCCGCUCGCAGCUGGUGAAAUAUUUAGGGAUACCGCCUCUUUAUUUUCGUGUAAGGUCAGGGGUAAGGGCUUAGGGUUGGGGUCUUAGGGUCAGGGUUGGGGAUUAAGGGAGUGUUCUUCAUUGCAAGGCUCGCGGACCACUCGUAGUCCCUGAUGGCCUUUAGUGCGGACCCAACAAUACACGAAUGUGAAAAGACCCCAUCGUCGUGCUGCUGUCAAACCCAUUGACUUAAAAUGUGUGGUGGCCCUCACACUGAUGAUGUCUUAUCGGCGAAGGUGGCCCCCCUCUGAAAAUUAGUGAAGAACACUGGGUUAAGGCUUCCGAGUUUGACGGCAGGGUGGCACAGGGGGUAACACUCGUGCCACACCGCAAGAAGGGCCUGGGUUCUGUGCCUGAGUCGUGUUCUCCGGUUUCCCCCCACAGCUAAAAAUAUAUUUGUAUAUAUACACACACACAUUGUAACCGACAUUGGCUAAACAUCUCAAUACUAAAAAUAUGACUUAAGAAUUACUCAAUUGAGAUUACACACAGCAGCAGCAUGGCCCCCCAGUGCGAAAACUUGGCAGGACCCUCCUGAAAAAGUCUUGAGACUUGGUGAGGCUUUCCUGGGUAAAGAAGCGGAAUGACAAAAAGCAACUAAUCGAGGUAGGGGUUAAGAUUUAAGAGUAAGGGUUCGGGGUUGGGGGCAGUAAGUAGUUCAUAUAAUUUUAGAACGGAUUUUUUUAUUAAGUUUGUUGUCCUUCCCCUGCACCUCCUGAUUGGCACGGUUGGCUACAUACGGUGCGAAAGAAGUUCAACAUACGUACAUAAGGAUUGCUUUUCUUAUUACAAAUCUGCGGGGACGGUCAUGACGACUAAUUGACAUCAUUACUCAAAUAGCAUCGGCUGGCAGCAUUGAGGCAGCUGAAUUAUAACAUCAAUAAUUUUUGCCCAGAACAAGCAACCCCCACUUCUCAUUUUAAAUUCCACAACAAAUGCUAUCGGUCUCCUUUUAACUUAAUGUGGCUGGCUCCCACAAUGCACCACGUGUUGUGACGUCACUGUAGUGCACGCUUCCACAAUGCACCACACAUCCCGACGUAGAUGCAAGUGAAAUGCAGGGCAGGCACACUGCGGUAAAUUGAAAAGAGCAUGCCUUGAUAUAGUCGCGCAUCUGAUCGUGAAUGUAAAUUACUUUAUAAUUAAUAGCUUCAGGCUGCUGUUGACAUAUAUACAUCUAUAAAAUUGGUGGGGGAAACUGUUAAUUUCCAGUGGCGGCCAACCGCAUGUUUGUUGAUACUAAACCUUAUUCAUUCCUAGCCCGUGUAAAGUUUAGUUGCCAUUAAUCUUUGUGCUUGGAACUACAGUAUUUGAAACACAAACAGGUGACCUGACGGACGGUGUUGCUCACCUCGAAUUCACUCCCAUUCUCGUUCACGAUAAGCGCAGCGAAGAUGCCUCGCAGUGACGGAUAAGUAUCGUUUGCAGGCCGUUUCAAAGUGCCAGGCCUCGUGUGGUCACGGGCCUUGUAAAAUAAUGUCAGCUUACAGGUAGUCGCUUUCCCCACCCCUGAUCUAGACGAUAAAGAGCGAUCCGUUUUCAUCUGAUGUCUUCCUUUGAGGUGUUUUAUGCAAGCGGUAUCAGUGGUGUCCACGCGGUUAGCCUGUAAAUUUCGAUUGUUUUGUUUGCAAAAUGCCCACGCGUGCAGUCGUGCCCGGUCCUGCAUCAUAUCACGUGCCCGGUCACUGCAAGGGCCCUUGUUUGUGAUAAUUGUGCCACGGUUCCUCCCAUCGAUAACAAAGACGGGGAAAUGCUGUUAUGGUUGUGGCAUGAGAAAGUAUUUUGACGCCUAGAAUUUGGACCCCAGGGUAAGAAUGCAAUUGAGGGUCAGAGUGUCCGUCCGAAGGUUUUUGUUGCAACUUUCAAAUUGGUUUUGUCUAUAUUAAAGUACCAUAGACCAGUUCCCCUACAGUAUUACAUGGGUGAAUGACCCGAACGGGCUGGCCGUGUCAUUCCGCUUGCUUACCCGGCAAAGCCUCGCUGAGUGUCAUGACUCGUUUUCAGGAGGGUCCUGCCAAGUUUUCGCAGUAAGGGGGGCUGGUGAUUGCUGCUGUUUAGUAUCAUCCCAAUGGAGUAAAUUUGGCGGUAACUUUUAAAAUGUAUACCAUGACGCCGGCACACGGCGGCCUCCUUGCGAAUGACAUAGCGGGUUCUUUAAUGUCCACUGUGAAGUUUAGGGUUAAUUCACAACCGCGGUGAUAACCAGAGCGGCCGCAGGAUCUCAAACCAUGAACGUCUGCGACAAAUUAAAAACUCCUAGGCCGUGUUGCCGCCCCACUGAGUUGAACGAUCACAGUGGAGGAUAAAAAUACUAUAUAUUGUUCUGACCCCCGGGGUCCAAAACCUGUGUGGGUCAAAAUACUAUCUUACACUUGCACGCAGCUCAGGUCCAGGGGACCAGUUUCCGGGCCACUUUUGCUGAUGGAAAUAAAAAAAAAUGCAUGCAGUUGUAUUGUUGACCUUAUCAGUAAACUCAUCUGACUGACUGACAUUCAUAUGUUCGCAACACCGGUUGUGUAAAGCUGUGUAAUCAUUAGCCAUGUCACGACCCAUCGAUUCAAAUCGAUUCUUACCUUCCCGAUGCGUGCAUUGAAUCGUGCACCCGAGUCCAUUGUUUGUCAUGUGCGCGCAUUGCGUACAAAUUGUACUGCCGAUGUGAGGUUUACGCUCGCGGGAAAAAUUGAAGGUGAAUAUUUUACGAGACGGGCAAUACAAAUGAGACGAGCGUAAUCAUGUAAUCAUGAUGCCGAAUCGUGACAAUCGGAUCGCUGGAGGGCGGCGAAUUGUUACAUCCCUCGUAAUCGCACAGUUAAACAGCCCGAUUGUCCAUGGGCAGAUGAUGAUCGGAGUUGCGUAUUAACCGUGAUUAUGAAAUAAAGAAUUAUUAUUUUUAAUGCG